AUGGCGCCCCACCCCACGACGCCGCAGCCGCCACCGCCGCCGCCGCCGCCGCCGCCAGCUCUUAGCACCCCAUACAAAAACAUGGCGGGCAGAUUCAUCUCCCCGUCCAAACUGAUGAUGGAGCGCGUGCAGGCCGGCGCCACCGCCCGGGGGGCGGGGCCCCGCGGCCCGCCGGCGCGCUCCCAUUGGCCGCCGGCAAAUUUGUGCCCGCGCGGUGGGGGUUCGCCACGUGAUUGGGCGCCCCGGUGGUGGGGGAACCGCCCCACCCCUCCGCCUCUCCCUCUGGCCGUGCGCCGCCGCGCGCGGAGCGCGGACACGAGUUUGCGGUCUGUUUAG